CCUUGAGCAUGAAAUGAUGUCUGUUCAGUAUCAGCAAGUUAUCACUCGGUAUAGAGAGAGCAGAGAUGUUGUGUUGAUCACAUUGCCCACAUCGGAAUAACGCAUCACCCCCGCCCCGAGGCUUUAACGCUCAGUACUGAUAGAGCGGGAUGAUGGACACGCGCGCUGCGUAAUGGUCAUGAUGAUGAUGAUGUCAUAAAGUCAUUCUAGCAGCGCAGCGCACAAUCCUCGCGCGAAUCACGACACGGAUACGGUGAUGCUAAUAUCUCUAUCGUAAAGGAAUUUUAAUCCCGCGCGGAAAUACUAGAGACCAUCCGAGUUGCCUAUCGAUCGUUCCCCAGCGCGCCUCCAUGUAGACGCAUCUCAGGACUGCGGCGCAGAUGGCUGUUGCGGUCGGGAUUGCACCAAGCUCCGACAGCUGCAAGCCUAGCGGUGAGACCCAUGGAACCGAGGCACACGCGACCGCGCGCGUCAUUACGGCGACUCUCUGUGUGGAAUAACGGGAAUUAGUACUCCUAGAAACAGUGUGGAUUUGAAUGACAGCCAGGAGCAUCAGCACCCGAGAGGACUCUUGCCGUUACCGUGUCUACCCCCGAGAAACGCCAAAAACAGUCAGUGGUUUAUUGUAAAUUCAGUCAAUUUAUUGCCCUUACCGGAGACUCUGAGCACUUCAAGUCCGGAGGCCAUAAGUGCCUGUUUUCUCCUACUAGACUGACCAUUGAUGGGAACUGAUGCCCUGUUGCCUUUUCUCGUCCGUGUCUACCUCUUCAACCCUCGUUUCUCCUCUAGUGACCGAACUAGGCCCUCAAGCCAGACCAAACACCUCAGAAAAUGAAACUUUGAUGGAUUAAAAAAAACAAUGAUAAUUAUGUGUAGCGUUAUUCCAUCAUUUUCUGAAUUGGAAAGUCCCAUUGCGCGCAUUUGGUGCUAGGGUGCGCGUGAGAAAAAACGCCCGUUAUUUUAAGGGAUUACGCGCUUCAUUUAGGGGAUUUCUCAGGACCGCAGGAUGGCAAAUGAACCUGUUAUCCUUAACGUGUAUGACAUGUACUGGAUAAAUGAAUACACCUCUACUCUGGGUAUUGGGGUCUUCCACUCAGGAAUUGAGAUCUAUGGCAGAGAGUUUGCAUAUGGGGGCCAUCCGUACCCUUUCAGUGGCAUUUUCGAGAUCAAUCCUGGAACUGCCUCUGAACUGGGCGAGACUUUUAAAUUCAAAGAGUCUAUAGCUCUGGGUACGACAGACUUUGCAGAGGAGGACAUUGAUAAGAUAAUGGAGGAGUUGGGGAGGGAGUUCAAAGGAAACGCCUACCACCUGAUGCAUAAAAACUGCAACCACUUUUCUUCCUCGCUCUCUGAAUUGCUGUGUGGCAAAGAGAUCCCACGCUGGGUGAAUCGGUUGGCAUAUUUCAGCUCCUGUAUACCAUUCCUGCAGAGUUGUCUCCCCAAAGAGUGGCUCACACCUGCUGCGCUUCAGAGUCAUAUCAGCAUGGGCCUUCGAAAGGAGAAUUCACAUUUACACGAGUCCAGCGACGACGAGACCUCAGAGGCGGCAGCCGGACAGCCUGGAACGUCACACGGCUGCAGACACACUCGUGUGUGAUCCUGCAUACACAUUUAAGCUAAUAUAACACUAAUAUAACUGCACAUACACUGACAACUGUUGAUCCUGCUGCUACAGGAUUGGAUAAACUAGAAGCUAGACCUCAUCACCUUAAGGGGAAGUCAAAGUCAUUUUUCUUGGAGCCACCAGGGAUUAAAAAAGGUUUAGAAUUAUUUAAUUUUUUAUCUGAUUUUAAGAAAAACAUAUAGUCGUGUAAGCUAUUUCUUCUGAACAUGGGACGAGCUAAGUGAUGGGGGAUCAAGAUGGAUCGACUGCCUUCUGCUGGUGUUUCAGCACUACAGGCACCUUCCUCUACAAUACUGAACUUUCAGUAUAAUGUAUCCAUUUUUUAUUGGUCCUUUAGACUUUUAAUAACCUGUCUGGAUGUUCUCCAGAUCUAGCCGAGUUUGCUGUGUAUUCAAUUAUUUUGUAUGCUGUUGUGGAAUGAGACAGUAUUUACUGAUGGUUGUUACUAGUUGUUCUCUGGUGAACUACAAAGGAACCUUUACAAUUUGUUCUCAAUUUCUUUUUUUUAUUUCCUUCUUUUUAACACAAUGCAGAUUUAAAGGUUUGCGCCAAAAUAAACUGUCAUCAUUUACUCAUCCUUGUGUCGUUUCAAACGUAUAUCUAUCUAAAGGAAUGUUGAUGUUGCUUUUUUGGAACAACAUGUUUGAGUAAAUAAUGACAUCAUUUUUGGGUAAUAACCUUUGAAUUUAUUAUAUGAUGUCAAACUUUUAAUACCACAUAUUUUUGAAUCUCAGAUGUUUUGGUUAAAAUGUCAUAUUAUUUUAAUUUAGAUUGCUUUGUUCAACUUUAACAACCAACAUAUAGUAUAGUGUAUAGGGUAAUUACAUUGAUGGAUUUAUGCUAAUCAGGGCAGAUGACAUUUACAGUCAUUGGAAACUUCAGCCUUACUAGCCAUUGAUAUGCUGCACUCAUACGAAACAAAAGCCUCUGUUGUUUGGUCGUCAAGAACACAAAAGGGGCAAUUGUAGGGGGAUGCUGGGGGUGGGUGCGAAAGUGUGGGUGUGGUCUGGACAUAAGAUUGGUAUUUGUACUGUAAUGAUUAAAUGCAAUGCCUAUAAGUGAUUAAGAGAGAAGGGAGACGUGUUAAAAGGUUUAGUGGAUAAAUGGUUGUUUCUUUUGACUGCAGUUUUUUGUUUCACGAUUGACUGAACAGACAAUGUGCUGUUGGUUAUAUGAGCCAUCUACACCUCACUAACCUGUUCCACUGCUUCUUCAAAUUUUCAAGUCAAAUUGAAACCCUUUGCAACAUAUUUUACUACUGUAAUUUGAACAUUAGAACCAGAAAUAGAAGAACCAUUUUUGACUGUAUGGGUUCAUCAUCUGAAGAACUUGUAUGUGUUCACAAAAGGUUCUUUAGACUAUACAAAGAUAAAAAAGACAUUAUUUUAAGAACCUUUGACUGAAUGGUUCUUUGGGGAACCAAAAAUGAUUAUUUCAUGGCAUCAAUGUGAAGAACCUUUGUAGCGCCUUUAUUUUUUAGAAGUAUAUAGAUUAAAACAUGUAUUAAUGGCUAAAAAGGUUACAGUUUGUAAAUUAUAAUAAACAAUUAUUUACUAUUCUUUUGACAAAGUACAACUUAUAAAACCUAGAAUUCCUAUGGGACUUUUUAUUUAUUUAUACUUUUAAAAGUAUUUUGUAGGCAUACUCCACUGAUGCCUUUUUGCUUCAAUUAGUAUUUCUUGUAUUAAUGUGGACAAUUGCAAAUAUUUACUGAUGAAUAGAGAAUAAAGAAUGAGAUGGGA